AUUCCGACGGGACACAGAUUCUUAGACAUGUCUUUAACACAAGAUAAGAAUAUAAUUAAAUCUCAAAAACUUCUGGAUGAUAAGCAAUAUUAUGAAGCUCAUCAGUUACUACGGACGAUAGCAAAUAGAUAUGUUAAAGCAUGUGAAUAUGUAUCAUGUAUAGACAUGCUUUAUGAUGCAUCUAAAAGGUUUUUUAAAGAGGGCCAGUUUGCAAGUGGUAGUGAUUUAGCACUAUAUAUAGUUAAAGUCUAUAAUUUAAUGGAAUUAAGGCCAGAUACCAGUAGUAAAACUCGACUUCUUGAUAUUUUAUAUUUAUAUGGAUCAUCUGAACCUACAAGAAAACGAUUUAUUAAUGAGAUAUUAGCAUGGUCCAGUAAAUGGGGAGAAACAUCUGUAGGUGAUGCUGAUCUUCAUCAUAAUAUAGGUGUUCUUUUAGCACAAGAAGGAAACCUUUUUGAAGCAGAAAAACAUUUGGUACUUGGAACAAAUGAAAGUGUAAAACCCUUAUUAGAUCUUCUUUGCGAUUAUUUUUAUGAAGAUGAUCUUUAUAUGGCUCCUUUUUAUGCUUCACGAAUAGUAUUUCCUUAUCUUAUACUUUAUAAUAUCGCUUCUGCUAUUCGAGGUUAUCGUGGAAUAGUUCAUUAUUUAGUAGAAGAAAGAAAAGUUCAAACACACACUUUAUCAUCUUCUGUUGCUGAUGUUAUCUUGUUUCCUUCUCUACCAUUGAUGAAUUUUUUAUGUUUUCUCAUUUUAACUUGUCAAAGAGGUACUGUCGAUUUAUUUCAUACUCUAAAAGCACAUUAUACUGAUGCUUUAAAAAAAGCUCCUUCAUGGCAACCCUCUCUUGAAAAAAUCGGUCAUCUUUAUUUUAAUAUUCCUGUUCAACAUUCUUCAAAAAAUAUAUGGAACGAUCUUAUGAAUCAAUUAUUUAUUAAUCAAUCCGAUAUGCCUGGUGAUCUUCCAUCAAAUCUACACGAUACACUUGAUUAA